AUGAACCUCCCCCUCCCCGACGAGUACGCUGCCCACGACCCGACAUCAGAGUUCUGCGCGGCCCGCUUCACCACCAAGUGGUUCGACGUGGUCCGCGCAGGCCACACGCAGUACUGCCUCGACAGCGCGGCCUCGCGGCUGCACUGCUUCCACACGCCGCCCGAAUUCCACAACGACCAGCACAUCGACACGUUCUGCAUCGCGCAGAAUGUCGUCUUCGACUCCCGCCGCGACACGUUCACUCUCGACUGCCCCCUCACCAAGCACGUGCCCCCUGGAGUCCCCGCGUCCCCCUGGACCUUCCACCAGUACUGGUACGAGACGGGCCCGGGGCCGAUCUUCUGGAGGUGGAUCACUCUGGAGGACAGGGCCGGGAUGAUCAAGCACGCCCCGAUCAAGGGGCCCGCCCCGCGCACAUUCACGUACCUCCUCAAGCGCGAAGGCUCGGGCAACAUCUUCCACUGCCUGCACGAGAUCAUGUCCAUGACGCAGACCUUUGACGCGCUGCGCACGACGCGCGACCCGGCCACGGGCCAGCCCUUCUUCGUUACCCCGCAGGACGUCGCCAACACGCAGAUCGUCAUCACCGAUGGGCACAAUGACGGGCCGUACUUUGACCUGUGGAGGCUGUUCUCGGGCCGGCACCCCAAGAGGAUCGACGAUAGCACGACAUGGCUCACCCGCCCGCUCGACAAUGUGAUUGUCGGCUUUGCCGGCGGGUCGAAUCCGGUGUGGCACGACGACUGGGAGAGGUGGGACUGUGUCAAUGAGCUGAGGACCGUGUUUGUCAGGAGAGUGCUCGACUUCUUUGGGUUCCCGCCGGACGAGCCUGUCGCGAAGAAGCCCGGGGCUCUUCGCAUCACCUUUAUCGACCGCAAAGAAACCCGCCGCGUGCAGGACACGCCGCAGCUGCUCGCCCACGCGCGCACCGCCCUGGCAAAAGCCAACGUGCACAUCCGCGCCGUCGACUUCGCCACGCUCUCCUUCCGCGAGCAGAUUGCACUAGCGCGGGAGACGGACAUCCUGGUCGGCGUGCACGGCGCGGGCCUGACGCACACCCUGUUCAUGAGGCAGGACAUGGGCGCGCUGGUGGAGAUCUUCCCGGAAGGGUUUGAGCUGCGGUGCUUCCGAGCGAUGGCGAGGGACCGUGGGCUAGGGUACUACAAGAUGCAUGUCCCCGUGGUGGAGAAGAAGGAGGACUUCCACGUUGAGGACGUCAUUGUGCCCAAGGACCGGUUUGUCGAGGUCCUGGAGCAUGCGGUCAAGGCGUUGGAUAAUCGGCCUGGGAGUUUUAGGGAUUUCUGACCGUUCUUUUGAUGUUUUACGAUAUUUCAUAGAUAGACAUGUAUGGCGGUAU